AUGUCAGCUCCUCAACACCCACCACCUCUCCAGAUGUCCACCCGNGGCACCUUCUUCGCCAACAGCGGCACCUAUACACCCUUGACUCCGGAUCACGACCAUGUCGAAUCGCCAUCCUUGACUUCGGGCAAUGCCCUCGCACGGUUCGAGUUUGAGAGACCGGCCGGCGACAAGGCUGGCACAAAAAUCUUGAUGGUCGAAUGGGAAGACGAUGACCAGACCAAGCAAAUCCCCGGCCAAUGGUCCGUCAGCUGGGAGGCCAAACGUGCUGCUGUGCUCGCUUCUAAUGCUUCCGACGGCAAGAGAGAAGGCCUGCACCGCUUGUACUUCUUACUGUCCGUUGCCGAGCGUGUACCGGCCACCGUCACCCUCACCCUACAACCGGACAAUCAAGAGGAGGAAAAUAUAGUCUGGCGCACACAUCCUCUGCCCGCCAUCUUCCCGCUCGAGCUGGGAGCUUCGGCUCGCCAAGCUGGCAAGAAGGGUGUGCUGCAUACUGUCUGGGCUAAGAAGCGUUUACAAGUCCUCAAGCAGGAGAUCCAACACGAGGAACAACACAGUCCCGAGGGUGUCGCUCUGUCCAUGGCUAUACAGGAGCGUGACUGGAUAGAGUCUAAUUUCGGCGUCCGCACAAAGCCUACCGGCCUGAAGAUUGCUACCACAAGCUCCUCCGGUUCCCUAGACCUCGGACUGCCCAGUCCAGCCAGCCCACGCAGUCCUGGUCGCGGCCCGUUGCUGGAAAAGCUCAAGGGUCUUAGUCUCGAUACCAAAGCUUCGACACACGACUCAAAUCCACUGAGUCCAGAAGGCUCAGAUGUUGCCGUCAACUUCAAUACCUUUGCUGCCCUGCACGGCUUGCCCGACCCCAGCACUCUUGCUGCCAAACCUGCUCAGCACACUCUACCUCAAAAUCAGCAGACAAUUUCGACAACACUACAACAACCUCAAAGAAGAAUUGCUCCACAGUUACCCCCCGACUCAAUCCUUGCACAGCAACGACAACAAGCAGGCAGUAGCAUGGCAUCAUUAAAUGCUCUCGCCUUUAAUGAAGCUCCUGUCGAGUUCAGCACCGCCGCUUCGACUGCUGUCCCUUCGGUAACGAGAAAUGAUUCAGCUGCUGAUGAGGAUGAUCUNUUUGCAUUGCCAUUAAGUCCUCGCAGUCCUGCUGACCAACAAGCAAGCGGUUCUGCUUUUUCCUUUGCUGCUGAUCACGUUGCCAAGUACAAGCAAUGA